CUGCCAACCAAAUACUAUAUAAUCUGGAACCUUAGUUCUGCAGAUUUUAUAUGUAAAAUAAAGGAAAGCCGUUUCUGACAAGAAACCUCAGCUCUCUCACUGCACAGAGACCAUUUCUUCCUCCUUUUCAAGAUCGAGUUUGUAGCUAAAAGAUGUUGGGAGAAUUCAUAAUCAAUAGCUUAGUAUUGGUUCUUGGGUAUGCAUACCCAGCUUUUGAAUGCUUCAAAUGUGUGGAGAACAACAGAGUUCAGAUUCAAGAACUGCGGUUUUGGUGCCAAUACUGGAUUGUUGUCGGGUUAGUGAGAGUUCUUGAAAGCGUUGCCGACAUCUUUAUAUCAUGGAUCCCAAUGUAUAGCGAGGCCAAGCUGGCGCUUUUCCUGUACUUGUGGUAUCCAAAAUCUAAGGGGACAGAGUACAUAUAUGGAGCAUUGUUGAAGCCAUUUGUUUCAGAGCACGAAGGGGAGAUUGAAAGAAGUUUCAUGGAGUUUAAGGUCAGAGCCUGGGAGUUAGUGGUGUAUUACUGGCAAAACUGCACUGAAUUAGGGCAGGCAAAGUUCUUCCAAAUGCUUGACUUCUUGGCUACAGGAAGGCUUACUCAAUCCACCUCUACUAAGGAGAAGGAUACCGACCACCGUGCCGGUGGAGCUCCACUUCCUCCUCCAGCCCCCGCCGCCACCAAGUCCGGCCUUUUCAAGAAGCACAGGUAGACUCCGAUGAUCGGCGGCAGCCCUACUCCGGCUUAGUUAGCCAGAACCAAGAAGUGUACUUGUAAAUAAUUUGGCAAAUUUAUAGAUUUUUUUAUUAUUUUAAUUUCAAGAAAGUGUACUUUGUAUCAUUGUAUGUUUGAAUAGUCGACACGGUUUGUAAAGCCUCCAAUUGAGAAAAUGAAAAGUGGGGAAUAAAUUAUUUUAAA